ACCCUUCCUCAUUCCAGGUUGCUGCUUGUUGCUGCUCUAUCUUCUAUCCAUUUCUCUUCCACCAAAUCCUGUGUGUCUCUUUCUCUUCGAAGAAUUAGAUUAGGGUUCGGGUUAGGGAUUUCCCAUAGAAAUGGCUUCUUCAAGCGCCCAGAUACACGGUCUCGGAACUCCAUCCUUCGCCGGCAGUGCCUCCCUCAAGAAGCAAAAUAGUCACCGGACGGUGUUCCUCGGCCAGAGGCUCAGCUCCUCAUCGUUCCCGCGCUCCGCGUUCCUCAAGCUCAGGAGCACCGCCGCUCGCAGAGGUUACAACGUUGGUCCUCUCAGAGUCGUCAAUGAGAAGGUCGUCGGCAUCGAUUUGGGAACCACCAACUCCGCCGUGGCUGCCAUGGAAGGAGGCAAGCCCACCAUCAUCACUAACGCCGAGGGUCAGAGGACUACCCCUUCCGUCGUUGCCUACACCAAGACCGGCGACAGGCUGGUUGGCCAGAUUGCGAAGCGGCAGGCGGUGGUGAACCCGGAGAACACCUUCUUCUCCGUUAAGAGGUUUAUCGGAAGGAAGAUGUCGGAGGUGGACGAGGAGUCCAAGCAGGUCUCCUACAAAGUCAUUAGGGAUGAGAACGGCAAUGUCAAACUCGACUGCCCCGCCAUCGGCAAGCAGUUCGCCGCCGAAGAGAUUUCCGCUCAGGUUUUGAGGAAGCUUGUGGAUGAUGCUUCAAAGUUUUUGAAUGACAAAGUAACAAAGGCCGUGGUCACUGUGCCUGCUUACUUCAACGAUUCUCAAAGGACUGCUACAAAGGAUGCUGGUCGGAUUGCUGGUUUGGAAGUUCUUCGUAUCAUAAAUGAACCAACUGCUGCCUCCCUUGCCUAUGGAUUUGAAAAGAAGAAUAAUGAAACAAUCCUUGUGUUUGACCUUGGCGGUGGUACUUUUGAUGUCUCGGUGCUUGAGGUUGGUGAUGGAGUGUUUGAAGUGUUGUCUACUUCUGGAGAUACACACUUGGGUGGUGAUGACUUUGAUAAGAGAAUUGUCGAUUGGUUGGCUGGAAACUUCAAGAGGGAUGAAGGUAUUGAUCUUUUGAAAGAUAAACAAGCUCUUCAGCGCCUUACUGAGACAGCUGAAAAAGCAAAAAUGGAGCUCUCGUCAUUGACCCAAACAAACAUCAGUUUGCCGUUCAUAACCGCUACAGCAGAUGGCCCCAAGCAUAUUGAGACCACCCUUACAAGGGCUAAAUUUGAAGAAUUAUGUUCAGAUCUUCUUGAUAGGCUAAAGACCCCAGUUGAAAAUUCAUUGAGAGAUGCAAAGCUCAAUAUUAAGGAUAUUGAUGAGGUGAUUCUUGUGGGUGGAUCAACACGUAUCCCUGCUGUCCAGGAGCUUGUAAAGAAGAUGACUGGGAAGGACCCAAAUGUCACUGUCAAUCCAGAUGAAGUGGUUGCCCUUGGUGCUGCAGUUCAGGCUGGUGUCUUGGCUGGUGAUGUCAGUGACAUUGUUUUGUUGGAUGUUACACCAUUGUCUUUGGGUCUAGAAACUCUUGGUGGUGUAAUGACAAAGAUUAUCCCAAGAAACACUACUCUUCCCACCUCGAAAUCAGAGGUCUUCUCAACAGCUGCUGAUGGACAGACCAGUGUGGAGAUCAAUGUGCUUCAGGGCGAGAGAGAAUUUGUCAGGGACAAUAAAUCUCUUGGUAGCUUCCGUUUGGAUGGUAUCCCUCCUGCACCUCGUGGGGUUCCUCAGAUUGAAGUCAAAUUCGACAUUGAUGCCAAUGGUAUUCUCUCAGUUACUGCGAUAGACAAGGGCACAGGCAAGAAACAAGAUAUUACAAUUACUGGUGCUAGCACCUUGCCUAAUGACGAGGUAGAUAGGAUGGUAAAGGAAGCGGAGAAAUUUGCAAAGGAGGACAAAGAGAAGAGAGAUGCUAUUGACACCAAGAACCAGGCGGAUUCAGUUGUGUACCAGACUGAGAAGCAGUUGAAAGAGCUUGGAGACAAGGUUCCUGGCCCCGUGAAGGAGAAGGUUGAAGCAAAAUUGGGAGAGCUUAAAGAUGCAAUUUCGGGUGGUUCAACCCAGGCCAUUAAGGAUGCCAUGGCUGCUCUCAACCAGGAAGUUAUGCAACUUGGCCAGUCCCUAUACAACCAGCCAGGAGCUGCAGGCGCAGGCCCUGCUGCACCUGAAUCUGGUGGCCCCACAGAAUCAUCGGGCAAGGGAACAGAUGGAGAUGUGAUCGAUGCUGAUUUUACAGACUCUAAGUGAGGAGUAAGACGGAUUAUCCAAUAGCUUUUUUUUAUUUUUGGUGCUGAAUUUGUAGUGAUUUUUGUCAAUGGAAGAGUGGGUGUCUGUUUCAAUUUAAAGUUAGACACGGGUUUUUAUAGGUUCUCAUUGAUAGUUCGCGUUGUACCUCUUGGAAAUUUUGGCUAUGAAAUACAGUUUCGAGGAUGGUAUUUACAGUCACCAAAAAAAUUUAUGGUAUUUACAGGCCGAAAA